AUGGCUCACUCACCACAAGAUAUUUACAAGUUCCUGGGCCAACAGGCGAGAUGGAGCAGCCCAGAACCCUUCCCUACCUUCUUUGAUGACGCCGUCUAUUUCCAGGACUGUGACGGCGAAUCCACCUCGUCCCCCUCUUCCUCUAAGGAAAGUCGUCCAUCGCUCACCAUGCUCUCCGCCUCCCCUCCUUCGCAACGUUCCCAAAGGACCCCUUCCGAGACGUCUUCGGCUGCCACUCCGGACCCUCCACCAGGAAGCUCCCCGCGCUUUGAAGUCCUUCUUGACCAUCCCGUCAGGGGUUCCGACGAAGACCUCCAUGGCCUCCGACGCUUCGACGACAAGUUGACAACCCCCCAACUUGGCGAAGAGGAUCUUCCCAGACCGACCAAGCUUGAUAUCGCCGGUCAUGCCAAACCCGCCAGGUCCCGCUUCAUUCCAGACGUCAGCAAGGUCAACAGCGUACGAGAUGCGGGCGCGUUUGCCGGCUUAACUCACAAGAAUGACGAUGUCGUCAAGGAAAUACUUCGUUCUGCGCGACCAGAGUUUGAUGCUCAUGUCUUUAAGGGUCAGAUUUUCUUGGACCGGAGCUGCACCGGCGCUUCACUCCCAGCCUGCCUAAGGAACUACACUUACAAGACAGUGGGUACGGACACCAUCACCCAUGUCGGAUGCACUUUUUCGAAGUCGGACUUCAAUCCAGCGUUGCUUCAAGACCAUCAGCUUGAAUGGACCGAGCGAUCCUUGUCGCCCGAGGACUUCAGCACCUUUGAAGGUGGUAUUGAGUGUCUCAUCAGGGCAUACGUCAGAUUGGGCUAUGCCCGUCAGCGUCCUCAAUUCUCACUUCUCGAGAAAGUUCACAUCUUCAAAUCCGCCUACAAGAUUUGCAGGGCGCAAACCCUCUUCUUCGUCCAGCCAAACGGCAAAGGCGUUGAGGAAUUACCUCUCCCAGCCCAAGCGGAGCUGAGAGGCGUCGCUCGAGCGGCCCUCGAAUCUUCAGAGAGGGACAUCCUCAGUGAACUUGACAAGUACCUCAAGACACCCAAGAUCUCCGACCAAGACAAACCUGCGGUAUGGGCCGCUCUCUGGCAACUCAUGUUCGUGUACCGGGACCUGCUCCGCAACGUCCGGCCCUGGCGCAACAACGCCGAGGCCCUCUUCAACGCGGUCGCAGUCUUCUACGCGACAUUGUUCCGGACCAAAGCUGCGCUCAAGUCCUUGGACGAGAUUGAGUCUGCCUGGCUGCCUAAUGACGCUCAACGUCAUGACCUUGUCGGGACUUUCAACCAUGCCCUGAGCCUGCGUGAUACCUUCUACCAGAGCAUCGUCGCCGGUAUUGCUUCCAUUGACGAGCGCCUCAAAAUCCUCGUUGUGGACCCUGAGAUGAAGGUGCUGAACCGCAGGGCGACUAACAAGAAGCCUGCUGGCGCCAAACGAGGCGCUGCGCAUAGUCAUGAUGGCGACGAAGUCAUGGGCGGCUGUUGA